AUGGAUUUGGAGGAGACAUGCAAAGAAGGAGAGAAUACAGAGAGGAAAAUGACUCGAACUGCAGCUGCAAAGUUGGUGAAAAGGGCUUUUCUCGAAGCCCUGAAGUCCAAUGACUUUGAAACACUGGAAGAGCUCUUGAGCCAGAAGCAAGUAGAUGUGGACACAGUGUUUGAAGUGGAAGAUGAAAACCUGAUUCUGGCAUCCUACAAACAAGGGUACUGGCUGCCCAGCUACAAAUUAAAAAUGUCUUGGGCAACUGGACUUCAUCUGGCUGUCAUGUAUGGACAUCUGGAGAGUCUUUCCGUCCUGCUCAAUCACAAAGCUACAAUCAACUGCCGGCCCAAUGGAAAAGCUGCAAUCCACAUAGCGUGUGAAACAGCAAACGUCGAGUGCCUGAAGAUCCUUUGCAACCACGGAGCUAAGGUGAACUGCUUCUCAAUGAGUGGGCAGGCUCCCUUGCACUUCUGUACAACACGAACCUCCGUGCCUUGUGCCCAGCAGCUGGUUUGGAGAGGAGCAAAUGUGAACAUAAAAACAAACAAUCAAGAUGAGGAGACUCCUCUGCACACCGUUGCACGUUUGGGUAUCCCAGAGCUUGUGGCCUUUUAUGUGGAACAAGGAGCAGAGGUUGAUGCUCUCAAUGCCUACAUGGAGACUCCCCUGGCCUGUGCAGCCUAUUGGGCCCUGCACUACAAGGAUCAGAUAUACAGCUCAGAUCACCACCUCAUCUGUCGGAUGCUCUUAGACUAUAAAGCUGAAGUGAAUGCUCGUGAUGAGGAUUUUAAAUCGCCACUCCACAAAGCUGCCUGGAACUGUGAUCACAUCCUGCUGCAUAUGCUGCUGGAGGCUGGAGCAGAAGCAAACAUCAUGGAUGUCAAUGGCUGUGCACCAUUACAGUAUAUUAUAAAAGUGACAUCUGUGCGACCAGCUGCCCAGCCUGACAUCUGCUACCAGCUGCUACUGAAUCAUGGAGCAGCUAGGAUAUACCCACUGCAAUUCCACAAGGUGCUACAAGCCUGUCAUUCCCACCCCAGAGCUGUGGAGGUUGUUGUCAAUACCUAUGAACACAUCAAAUCAACUUCGAAGUGGAAAGCAGCCAUACCUGAUGACGUCUAUGAGCGGCACCAGGAUUUCUAUGACUCCUUGUUCGCUGUGUGCAGCAAUACACCAAGGUCACUCAUGCACUUAUGCAGAUGUGCUGUUCGGGCAGUAUUGUCAGAAAGGUGCCACCGAGGAGUCCCCUUGCUCUCCAUCCCCCCAUUCAUGAAGAAGUACUUGCUGCUGGAACCAGAAGGAAUCAUCUACUGA